AUGGAUUGGGGACGGACUCAUUGGGUGGGACUCGUAAUCAAUCUACUGUGCGCGAGUAUUGAGAUAUACGACUCGUACACCCCUUUCGCCCCGUCAGACGCGGACGUGGAUCAGCACAUGGAACCCCUACUUGUAACAUUGCCAUGGGUUCUGAAGCGAUACCUCAAAGAUAAGUUCUCCGGGACCAUUUCUACAGCCCCGUACGCGAUGGACACAUACGAGGAGUUCAUAGGCAACCCAGAGGUGGCUAACGGAUGA